UGUUUUCAAAGUUGCUUUAAAAACACGGCAAGAUGCACAAAAGAGGCGAAGGCAGGGGCUUGGUUUCUUUGCUGGUUUGACUGCCACCGUUGAGUCUGUGGGAGUAUGAAUCAGCAGCAGCAGCAGAGAAUGGCUGCAGUUGGGACAGACAAAGAACUCAGUGACCUGCUGGACUUCAGUAUGAUGUUUCCUCUGCCAGUGGCUAAUGGAAAAAACAGACCUACAACCCUAGCAAGCACUCAGUUUGGAGGAUCAGGUUUGGAUGAAAGACCGGGAUCAGGUUCCUGGGGAACGGGAGAUCAAAACAGCUCCACGUUUGACCAAGGAAGGCAGAACUAUGGUGAAGGCCCUCAUUACGGAGAACACAGGGACCUGUCAUCUCACAACAGCAUAUCUUCAUCACCAUUCCUGGGGUCUGGACUCGUAGGGAAGAGCGGAGAAAGAGCCUCCUACUCCACGUUUGGAAGAGACGGAGGGAUGCCAGGACUAAAUCAGACUGGUUUCCUGCCCAGUGAAAUGGGAAUCGCGAGUCCAAGCACACUUUCCCCCACAGGGGUGAAGGGAGGGUCUCAAUAUUUUUCUUAUUCCAACAACCCUCGUAGGAGAGGUGCUGACAGCAACAUAGAUGGACAGCCUAAAAAGGUUCGGAAGGUGCCUCCUGGACUCCCCUCAUCGGUGUAUCCAUCCAACUCAGGUGAUGACUACAGCAGGGAUCCAGCGGGAUAUACUCCCUCGAAACCUCCUAGCACUGUGUAUCCUGGAGCCUUCUACAUGCCAGAUGGACUUCAUAACUCGCCAGACCUGUGGAGUUCAUCUGGUACCAUGAGCCAGCCAAGCUACGGGGCCAUGCUAGGCAGCUCCUCUUCCCCUCUCCCACAGUCCGGUGGCUUCAGUAGUUUACAUCAGCACGAAAGAAUGAACUACCCGAUGCAUUCAGGAGAAGUUAACGGCGGGCUCCCUUCUGUGUCUGGCUUUUCCUCUGCCUCCACCCCAUAUGGUGUCUCCAGUCACACGCCACCAAUCAGCGGGACAGACAGCAUGAUGGGUAACCGAGGAACCACAGCCGGGAGCUCAGGAGAUGCGCUUGGGAAAGCAUUAGCUUCAAUUUACUCCCCCGAUCACUCUAGCAAUAACUUCUCUUCAAACCCCUCUACGCCAGUUGGCUCCCCUCAGGGGCUUGCAGGCACAUCCCAGUGGCCCCGGGCUGGUGGACAGGGUGCCUUAUCUCCUAGCUAUGAAGGGAGUCUCCACACUUUACAAAACAAAAUGGAAGACAGAUUGGAUGAAGCCAUCCAUGUACUGAGGAAUCAUGCCGUGGGCCAGACAGCUGCCAUGACGGCUAACCAUGGAGAGAUGCACGGUCUGCUGGGAUCGGCACCUGGCCACAGCGCCACAGUGGGCGGACUGGGCCAGGCCUUUCCCCCUUCAGUCAUGCCUCUAGGGAACAGACAUCCGAGUCUGGUGGGAGGAGGUCACCCUGAAGAUGGGCUGCCUAACAACCCCAGCAUGCUCCACAACCACGUCACACUUCCAUCACAGCCCAGCUCGCUCCCCGAUCUCAACAGGCAGCAAGACACAUACAGUGGCUUGACAGGGGGGCUUGGGAGAGGAAGUGUCACCUCAGGGCUGGGUGAGAUAAAGCGGGAAGAGAAGGAGGAUGAAGAAAACACAUCAGUGGCUGAUAACUCGGAAGAGGAGAAGAAGGAACUGAAGCCGUCGCGGAACAGAACAAGGUGCUCUUUGAACAGUCAUGAUGAGGAUGAGGAGGACGAUCUUCUUCCCCCAGAGCAAAAAGCCGAGAGAGAAAGAGAGAGGAGGGUCGCCAAUAAUGCCCGUGAGCGCCUGCGGGUCCGUGACAUCAACGAGGCCUUUAAAGAGCUCGGACGCAUGUGCCAACUCCACCUUAACAGCGAAAAACCUCAGACCAAACUGCUAAUCCUACACCAGGCCGUAUCAGUCAUACUGAACCUGGAGCAACAAGUUAGAGAGCGCAAUCUGAACCCUAAAGCAGCCUGCUUGAAGCGUCGGGAAGAGGAGAAAGUGUCUGGAGUAGUAGGAGAUCCCCAGAUGACACUUUCAGCUUCACAUCCUGGCCUAGGAGACGGUCACAACCCUGUUGGACACAUGUAAAGAUCUUUUUGUUCCCCUGGAUACAGAGAUCUAUAGGAAGGAAAAUCCUCGGUGUGACCUGCAGCCUUCAUGAACCAUAAACUUUAGUACUGCUAAUACUGACACCCAUGAAAGGAACCUGGCAUGCUGUAAGGGGCGUAAAAACACUUUGUCAAAAACAAAAAAAAUUGCCUUAAGUAUAAAAUAUGGAACAGUCAAUACAUAUCACUCAAUUCUGAGGGGGAGAGUUGUAUUCUCUUGGCUUGUUCACAAGCAGCCAGCAGCGUAAUUGUGCCUAAGCUUAAUAUUUCUUUUUUUAAAAAAAAAAGGAACAUUAGUUAUGAGAUUUUUUAUGUAGAACAAAAUAGCGAUGCCUUUUGGUUUUUUUUUAGCUUCUUUUGCAUAUGUUUUGUACGCGACAAAAGUUUUUUUUGUAUAAAAAAAAAAAAAAGUCUUGUACCCCAUGCUUUUCUGCUGCUGUUUCUAUAGUUAACGUUGCAUCUUUAGGAUCAACCAGAAUAUUAAAAUUGUAUUACGAGAGACUGGAUAUAAAGAGAGGAAUUCUCAGAUUCGGCUCUGAAAGCCACUAAAAGCGAAUGUAGCCAUGGUAGGGGAAUGCCUUUCCUUGCCUGGCUUGUACCUUCCAUUAUAAAAACUCAUGUGCUGAAUUCA